CAACAACAAGAUUGUAAGAAGAAGGACAACAACAAGAUUGUUUGUUCCUUCUUCUUUCUUUGUUUCUCUCUUUGAUUCCAAAUUUAAUAGCAAUUGAUGCAUGGGAACGUUCCAAACAUGGAGAAAGGCCUACGGAGCUCUUAAAGAUUCCACCAAGGUUGGCCUAGCCAAGGUCAAUAGCGAAUACAAGGAAUUGGACAUUGCAAUUGUAAAAGCUACAAGUCACUUAGAAUAUCCACCUAAGGAACGUCAUGUUCGAAAAAUAUUCUAUGCUACAUCAGCUCACCAACCAAGGACAGAUGUAUCUUACUGCUUACAGACCCUUUCCAAGAGACUUUUAAAGACUCGAAAUUGGAUAGUUGCCAUAAAGACAUUGAUUGUGGUCCAUAGGAUAUUGAGAGAGGGUGAUCUUAGCUUCAAAGAAGAUCUUGUAAACUACUCACACAGAGUACGGUUUCUCCGAAUUUCCAACUUCAAAGAUGACUCAAGCCCUCUAGCUUGGGAUUGUUCUGCAUGGGUUCGAACCUAUGCACAAUUUUUAGAAGAAAGACUUGAAUGUUUUAGAAUUUUUAAAUAUGACAUCGAGUUCGAGCGUUCAACAAAAUUAUCAUCGCCGGCUUCAACUAAAACACAUAGCAGAACAACAGUGUUGACUAGUGAUGAGCUGUUGGAGCAGUUACCGGCGCUGCAGCAACUUCUUUACCGACUUGUUUGCUGUCAACCUGAAGGAGCAGCUUUCAACAAUUAUCUAAUACAGUAUGCAUUAGCGUUGAUUUUGAAAGAGAGUUACAAAAUAUAUAGUUCCCUCAAUGAUGGAAUCAUAAAACUUGGGGAUGUGUUCUUUGAUAUGGCGAAACACGACGCUAUAAAUGCUUUGCAUAUAUAUAAAAGAGCUGGCCAACAGGCUGAAUGUCUUGCUGAUUUCUAUGAAUAUUGCAAGGGCUUAGACCUUGCAAGAAAUUUUCAAUUUCCAGUUUUGAGACAGCCACCGCCUUCUUUUGUUGCCACAAUGGAAGAAUACAUUAAAGAAUUAGCACCUACAUCAGGCAGUGUUAAGAGCUUGGAUCAAGAAAAUGAAGAACCACCGAAAGAAGAACCAGAAGAAAAAGAAACUGAAGAGCCUGAAGUAAUUGAGGAACAAGCUGAAGAAAUCAAGGAGGAAGAACCUGUUGAAAAGGAACAAACAGAGGAGGCUGAAUUUCCUCCUUUGAUAUUGACUGAUGGUUAUGAUGAUUUUCUGGGUCUAAAUGAAAUAAAUCCAAAAGCUCAAGAACUAGAGGAUAGCAAUGCUUUGGCACUUGCAAUCAUACCACCUGAUGGAAACAAUUCAAACAAUCUUGCUUUGACUAAUAUAACUGGAACUACUGGUUGGGAACUUGCACUUGUUACCACGCCAAGCAACCACACCUGCCAAGCGUCAGAUCAAAACAUGGCUGGUGGAUUUGACAAGCUAUUGCUAAACAGUUUGUAUGAAGAUGAAAAUGCAAGGAGACAACUUCAACUCCAAAAUGCAGGUUAUGGAUAUGGGGGGGCGGCUACACAUAAUCCGUUCAAUAGUUAUAAUCAGCAUGAUCCAUUUGCAGUAUCGAAUAAUGUAGCGCUUCCAUCUAACGUACAAAUAGAAUUAAUGUCUCAACAACAAAUGAUGUUCCAGCAACAGCAAAUGAUGUUCCAACAACACAACACAAUGAUGGUACCUUACCAGCAGCAGCAGCCAUAUACUCAUUACCCUCAACAGAAGUCCGUUAUGCGUUCUUCUAAUCCAUUUGUAGAUCCUUUACCUGUACCUAGCUAUUCUUAUGGUUCCAUGCCCCACCAAGGGAGCUACAAUAUAAUGUAGACUUCAGUCUCUAAGAAAGGAUGUAUUGUUUGUUAUUUGAAGCA